AUGAAACCCUUCUUUAGCCACUUCAUUUUGCUGCUUGCAAUUUCAACACUUGUCAUGUCUCAAGAUUCCUGUACUGUUGGUCUUGGUCCUCAGUCUGGCAACUACCAUGUGGAAAUUCGAAACCACUUGAGCCAUGACACCAUUUUGAAGGUGCGCUGCAAGUCUGGUGGUGGAGAUCUGGGUGACCAUUGGAUUGUAAAUGGGCAGCGUUUCACUGUUGGUUUCCACAAUGACAAAUGUGUCUCGACCGAAUACUGGUGCAAGCUAAGUUGGGGUUCCAAAUCCAGCCAUGGCGGCAACUAUCGCUUCUUCAGCUGUGAAGAAUCGUUUCUCAAGUUCUGUAAUUUCCAGGACUGCAGUUGGAAGGUUAGGGAUGAUGGGAUAUAUUUGCAUGACAUGCAUGGACUAAAAGAUGUGAAAUAUUAUGACUGGGAGAGCUAA